UGCAAUCAAAUCAGAGGCUUAAUGUUUGAUAAAGGUUUGCCUAACUUUUAUAUUACAAUCAAUCCUGCAGAUGUGUAUAAUCCUAUUGUCAAAUUCUUGGCAGGCAGUGAGAUAGAUAUUGAUGACAUGUUGCCAAACGAGGUACCCGAAUAUUGGCAACAGUCCAUCUUGGUCACUCAUAAUCCGAUAGUAGCUGCAAGGUUUUUUAAUUUGUAUAUCAAGUCGUUUCUU